AUGGACAGCCAUGAUCACAACAUCACCAACCCAAUUGAUCUUCCCUUGGUGGAUAUCUCAAAUUCGAACUAUGAUGCUGCCGGGAAGGCUAUGCUACACGCCGCAGUGAAGUAUGGCUUCCUGUACAUCGAUAGUAGAACAACAGCCUUUGCAAAAUCGGAUAUAGAAAGCGCCUUUGAUCUGUCAGAACAAUUUUUCUCUCUGCCAAUCUCAGAGAAAGCGCCAUACAGACGAGGAGACACCAAUGCCGGCUGGGUUGGAAUGCACGUUGAGACCCUUGAUCCUAAACAUCAUGAGAGAGGAGACUAUAAGGAGGCACUUAAUAUCGCGGCCGCUCUGCCUACAGGUGGAAAAAUCAUCCAACCUCUUCCACCGUGCCUCAGAAGUCGCGAGGCAGAUAUAACUCGGUUCACGAACCUCUGCAACCAAACAUGCGCUCAGAUCUUAACCCUUCUAGCACACGGGCUCGAGGUUUCCGCCGACUUCUUCACAUCGCGACAUGAUUCAAGCCAAGGUCCCACGGAAAACUCACUUCGGCUUCUCCAUUACCCAGCCAAAGUCCCAGGUUACCGACCAGAAAAGGAUAUCCGCGCAGGCGCGCAUUCGGAUUACGGUAGUAUCACCCUCCUGUUCCAGCGAGCAGGCCAACCAGGGCUGGAGAUACAGACCCCAGAGGGUCAGUGGGCUCCUGUUCCUGUUUACCCCCAAGGCUCUGGUGAACAUGAGGACUAUCCAUUCCCCCCAAUCUUGAUCAAUAUUGGAGAUGUGUUGAGUUAUUGGACUGAUGGGCUUUUGAAGUCCACUGUUCAUCGGGUUGUGUUUCCUGGUGGGAAUGUGGGUCUGGAUGCGGACGUGCAGCGAGAUCGAUAUAGUAUCGCGUUCUUUUGUGGGCCGAUUGAGAGUACGGAACUUAUUCCUGUUCCGAGUCAGGUGGUCGCUGCGCAUCGGGAACGGAGAAGGAACCAAAGUGGAGAUGGGGAUGGGAAUUCUACUGUGGGCUUUGGCGGCGGUGCGAGUGAGCUUAAUCACGAUGGACGCAGACUCACCGCAGGUGAACACCUGAAGGCUCGACUAGCCGCGACAUACCUUUAA